AUGGUUGUCAAGAAAAAUAAGCAAGGUGGGAGCGAAACAGUGGUGCCUUCAGCAAAGGAAGCCUGUGAUGAAGCAGCUCAAACAACAUCACCAGCUGCCAAGGAGGCUGCAGAAACCGGCACCUUAGAAUGUCCAGUUGAGAAGGGCAGAGGCCUGCGCCAGGUGGUCCUCCCUCAUGAUUUGUGCGAUAAAUUCCUCACUGCAGCAGGAAUGAACACCAAGAAAAAAAUAGAGACAUGUGGUGUUCUAUGUGGAGCCCUGGUUGGGGAGGAGUAUCACAUCAGCCAUAUCCUCAUUCCUGUCCAGGAAGGAGGCCCAGAUUAUUGCUGUGCAAAGCAUGAGGAGGACCUCUUCUUUAUUCAAGAAGGACUGGGACUUAUUACAUUAGGAUGGAUACAUACCCAUCCAACCCAGACAGCCUUUUUGUCAAGUGUAGAUGUACACACACAUUUUGCAUACCAAACGAUGCUCCCUGAAUCCAUAGCUGUGGUGUGUGCUCCCAAGUAUAAACAAAUUGGAAUUUUCACACUGACACCUACUGGACUACAAGAAAUAUCCGAUUGUCCACGGAGAGGGUUUCACACCCACAGACAGGACACAGCUCUCUUCUGUGUAUGUAUCUUUGUACAACACCACGCUUCACAGAGAAUGCAAAGCAGCAGUCAGAUGUCUACCAGACUCAGUUCAUUUCUCUAUGUACCAAGACUGAACUGUGGUUUCUUCAACAAAUUGGACACGGAAGGCCUCCGUUCUCUCAUUCAGCUUGGGAAAGAAAUACCAAUGCUGCCAUUACCCUUAGCAAGGCUGGAUUUUUAUAGACUGAUUUUUAGAGCGGCUGUUCAGAACAGACUGCUUCUGGAACGCAUGUAG